CACUCCGUAUGAUUCGCCCCCCCCCCCCCCCGACUGUGCAUGAAUAUUUUUUUUUGCAUUCAUGCCCCGUUAUUUAACGCGCGUUUCAGGUUGAUGUUUGGCGUUUAUGUUGAGUCGCGGCCUAAACGUAGGUGAGGCUGGAGUCCGUCGUUUGCAUCUCAUGACUUUCAAUAUCCCUGCAAAUACGCGGGGUACUGCUGGUCUAAUAAAUAAGACGGGUCUCUUACAUGCCAUUGGCUUGUUUUAGUCUCAUGUAAUACAAUAACCAUUGUUUUCCCCUUCAUCGCUAAAGCAACAGUGCUGGAUGUGGUGACUGCGAUAUAUUUAGUUACAGGCUUGCAGCAAAUAAACAGGUAUCCGUUCUGUAUUACCUCAUGACAGAUUACGAUAUUUUUAGUCCGCAGUUUGAAUCUCGCGGACGCCCUGGUUACUACUGCGGCUGUAGUAACAAUUACGUACGCGCUGUCUGCUUUGCAGAGGAAAUUAAAGCAUUCUGUCAUCUCAUUCGAAGAGUUAGGCCAUUGUGUGUCGGCGUCAUGGUUACAACAGUUUACACAUUUGAAAAGUUACCCGCGAAUUACUCCCAUUGGGAGUGUAAUUGUCAAUCAUUGCUCCAGCUACUGAGAAAACUUGGCAGGGACCUCCUUAUAAAAGAAGCGACAUGAAGUCAGUGGAGCAUUUGCUGGGUAAAUAACUGGGAAUAUUACUUUUCCAAACACAUUUGUUGAAGCAAGUACUAUAUACUCUGGACAGGUUUUGAGUUUCUGGGUCUCAUCGGUAGUCAGGACCUGUUAAACAAAUGCUAUUGGGUUGCCAAUGCGAAAAGCAAUACUCUAUCCAGUAAUUUUUCGUGAAGCAAAGACCCAAGCUCAAUUGGUGUGGUCCGUACUGCUGGAAAAAAACCCCACAUACACGUGUACUUGUUUUGUAUAUGUUUAUUUUAAACUCUGCACAUACAAUAGCCUGGUUUAUGUGACAUCACGGUUAAGGUUCACAAACAGCAUACUACAACUGUGCAUAACUACACAAUUAUAGCCAGCAUAUGUAGUCCAUUUUACAAUAUAUUAAAAUUGUGCAUUGUGCUUACGUUCACUAUGGUUUACUUGCGAAUGUAGCUGAAUCACUAUCGUCUGCUUCACUAAUGUCAAUUGGUAGGAGGGUCAGGGGUUUAUUAGUACAGUGUCAACAUAUAUUUCUUCCCCCAUCCGCUGACAUUUAAGAAGAGUAAUGUUUAACACAAUACAAUUCAUAGGCUCAAUGACUACCGUAUCCUGGUGCUGAUCAAAACAAAACAUAAUCUGUAUCAAUACUGGUUGAAUCCGAUGAGCUUCAACGCACUUUUGCUCAGAUGCUCAGUAAACAACCAUCCCGUACCGAGAAGGAAGUGAGAUUUGAGUUUAUAGGUUUACGUUGGCACAGGUAAAACCCAUUGGGCAAUGCUCAUUUUCUAUGGGGGGUGAGGGACCUGGUCAUACCAUAGAAACCUGUUCGCAGCAACAUCAACAACAUGCAUGUUUCAAAUGGCAAGGGUCGUUCAUUAACAUGACAAAAAAAAAUACUAGGCUCAUAGAACGCACCAUAUACUUUAAAAAAAAACCCAAAAGUAUGCAAAGCAGAGCGAUCAAUUUACACUUACACGUGGCGAACAAACCCGGGGUCUAAAAUGAUCUUUAAACAAAAAAUCCGAACAUGGUACAUCCCUAGUUACGCAUUAGGGUGGCGUGGGAUCAAUCGUGUCAGCUGCUCUUUGAUAUUUUCAACCGAGCACCCAGGAAGCAGUGAACAAGAAGACGAAGAGGAGGAACAAGAAGAAGAAGACGAAGAGGAGGAACAAGAAGACGAAGAGGAGGAGGAACAAGAAGAAGACGAAGAGGAAUCCACAUGGUUGGCCGCUCGAGCACCACGGGGCUGCUGGCGCUGCACGCAGCCGCCACGGCGUGGUACGGCACCACCGUGAGCCUCCACGUGGACAACGCCGCCACGCUGCCCGGCUCGCUGAGCUACGGAGGCCACUGGAAGUACCUGACCUUCAUCGACUUGAUUCUCCAGUUGGUCUACUUUGGUCUUUGCGUGUCGGUCGAUAUUUUGGCACUCAUCCAAGGAAAAGGAAAGGAAAACAAGGGAAAGGUCUUGCAAACAUUGACGCAACUUCGAGACAACAUAUUUGCCACCCUGGCAUUCCCUCUGGCAGUGCACACCACCAUUGUACCAAUAUUGCUGGUAGAGAUGUAUGCAACACGACACGUGUACCCUUCCAAGAAUGCAGGCAUUGCAACUCUUGCUGCUUUCUUCAUCGCCUAUGUGUCAUGGAUUCUCUGGGUUAAAUAUUAUUCUGGCAUCUGGGCGUACCCAUUUCUGAAUGAAAUGAGCUUCGAAUCCAGGGUCAUAUUUUUCUCUUCUUCCUUCAUGCUUUUGAUUGGAUUUUACAUCCUGGGAAAGAAGUUAAACAAUCUAUUUUGGGUUGCGGAGAAAAUAAUCAAGGAAGAUGAAUACAAAGGCUAACCAGCUUUUAUAAUCAGCAAUCAAUAUCUGCUGGUAACGAUAAAGCAAUGGACGAGGAGGCAACAGUAACCACACAACCACGUGUGUGCAACACAAUGGACUGCAGGGACACAUCAUUCCAACAAUGCACACUGAAUCACAUUACCAUAGCCAACACGAUAGUAUCAGAAAUAUUUUUUUUAUUGUAUAUGGUAAGAAUUUGAAAUGUUUGAUGGAAUAAAGCCCAACAUUGUUUUUCAUUACUAUCAAUAAAAUGUUGCAUUCCUCUAUUUGUAUGUACCG